AUGAGCAGCGCGCCGACAACUCUAAACGGCGGCAACACCCACCACGACGACAAGGCGGUCGUUGAUGUCGUCCUCAACGGCGCCGACAACGAAAAGCCCAAUGGCGUUAACGGCGUCGACUCGCCUAAUGUUGAUUCUCCAACGACGCCCGUAUCCUCUUCAGCAAUCCCGGAUGUCAAGAUAGACAUCGACUACCAGGAGCAAGAGAGUGAUGUCCGACACGAGCCCAUCCCCGUCAAAAUCAUUGAGCCCGUGGCUAUGGUCCAAGACGCGUCGACACAACUUUUAGCGGAAACCCCUGUUGAUCUAGUCUCGAACCCGCCCGCCCCGCCUUCCUCUACACCCCCGCCACAGGCACAGCCGCAGGAAGAUAUCAGCAUGAUAGAAGAAAACGCCCCAUCUACCAAUGGCGCUUCCGUUGACGUUGAUAUGUCAGGUCCAACUCCCACAGACAGCCCCAAUAUUCCCUUCGACUCUUCAAUGAGUUCUGUGCAUACCAAUGGCAUAUCGUAUUCGGAAUCAGUAGUGAUGGAGGAAGAUACGAAACCUCCCCCAGCAAAGAGGCAGAGGAUGUACUCGGACGCGGAUAAAGCGUCGCGCGCGAUCGCAUCCGCAACUCCACCCCCAGCCUCGACCCCUGGAGCUUCCGAUGGUCCUACUCCGGCACCUCCGCCGACUGGCACACCACCUCCGCCCUCAGCUUCUACCAUAUCUCCGCCCUCACCAGGAGCGUCAACGUUCAGCACUCUUCAGUACCGCUUUUGUGGUUCUACCAUCCGCCAACUGAAGAAGAAUAAAGAUUCCGGGCCUUUCCUUCGCCCUGUUGAUCCUGUAGCACUCCAAGUCCCACACUAUCCGUCCAUCAUAAAGCACCCAAUGGAUUUCACUACCAUUGAACACAAGCUUGCGUCCUCGAAUCCAGCGAAGCCUGACCCCAACCCUCAGAACCCUCGCUACUUCAAUGUGGACGAGUUCAUCGCGGAUGUGCGACUCAUUUUUACGAACUGCAUUACUUUCAACGGGCCAGACCACCCUAUCACGGCCAUGGGGAAGCGGAUUGAGGAAGUGUUCGAUAAGCAGAUCAAGCAUAUGCCCCCCGCCCUAGAGCACAAGCCCCCUCCUCCCAAGAAACAACCCACUCCUCCCCCUCCCCCCCCCGCCAGUUGUUGCCCCACCGAAGAAGACGAACCCAAACGAGAGAUCCAUCCGCCUCCCCCGAAGGAUCUUCCGUAUGCCGACGCUCCCAAAAAGCAGCGUAAAAUCAAGCGCACGAAAGAUGACGGCACCAACGAACAACUCAAAUUUUGCGGGAAAAUCCUUCAGGAACUCCAUCGUAAGCAACACUACGCAAUCGCACAUCCCUUUUACGAGCCCGUCGACUGGGUUAAGCUUGAGAUUCCUUCUUAUCCCAAGAUCGUGAAAAAACCCAUGGAUUUGUCUACGAUGCGACGCAAACUCGACGUCCACGAAUAUCCCAAUGCUCACAAGUUCUUUGACGACUUCAAGCUCAUGAUUCGCAACUGUUUUGCAUUCAAUCCUGCGGGAACGCCCGUGAAUCAAGCCGGGAUAGAGCUCCAGCGAUUGUUCGAUGACAAGUGGAAGUCCCUUCCGCCACUUCAUAGUGUCUCUGAUGACGACGAGGAAGAUGAGGAGGAGGAUGAGGAAGAUGAUCGUGCUCGCGCCAUUGCAAUGAUGGAGUCUCAGAUAGAGACAAUGAGAGGCAGUAUUGCGGCUCUGAAAUCUAAGCCCAAGGAGAAGAAGAAGGAAAAGAAGAAGGAAAAGCUUCCAGUCGCCUCGACCUCCAAGACCUCCAAACCGGCCAAAGUUCCUUCGAAGAAGCGCUCGAAGAAGCCUGUCGCUGAUGACGACGUCCUCACGUUCGAGCAGAAGAAAGAUCUUAGCGAGGCAAUUGGCAAAUUGGAUGGCCCGAAACUGGAGAAGGUCAUUCAAAUAAUCCACGAAGGUGUCCCAGAAAUACGAGAUAGCACGGAUGAAAUUGAACUCGAGAUUGACAUGCUCCCAGCACCAGUGUUGACGAAACUUUAUAACUUUGUGUUACGUCCACUGCGGACCAGCGCUCCGAAGCGCAGCAGACCUGGCAAAGGUACAGGAACUGGAGGUCUGAAGCGGAAAAGCAUGGACGAGGAUGUUGAAGCGGAGAAGAUUCGGCAGCUUGAGCGUCGCAUGGCCCUUUUCGACCAAGGAGACCCCUCAGCAGCACCGCGCGCUAUGGCCAGAGACGACCACAGCGAACAUUCGUCGGACUCGAGCUCAGGUUCCGAUAGCUCAGGAAGUGACUCUGAGUGA